AUGCGGGCACGAGAGAGGACGAGCGAGAGUGUGAAUCGGAGAGAGGCGGAGGGAGAGGCUGAGGAAGAGGCUGAGGGAGAGGCGGAGAGAAAAGACGUGUCCUGGGGUCGAGGGGUUGGGUGGGAGGGCAGCCAGUUCCAGCGCGGGCGCUUCUUGGAAUCGUGGAUGCCGGGCAGCAGAGCCAGCAGCAGAGAGGCAGCAGGAUACAGACUAAAGAACCAAAUCAGGAUUAACAUAUCAAGAACCGUUGGUUCUGCCGCCAACAGUUUGAAUGUGAGCUCUCUCUCUCUCUCUCUCUCUCUCUCUCUCUCUCUCUCUCUCUCUCUCUCUCUCUCUCUCUCUCUCUCUCUCUCUCUCUCUCUCUCUCUCUCUCUCUCUCUCUCAUCGCAGACACACACACACAUCCAGACCGCCAACCUCGGUAGCAUGCCACCCCGCAAGAAGCGUGCAGCGGCCAAGCGCGCAGCGUCGCCAGAGUCUCCCGUGGGCGUGCCCCCACCCACGCUGGCGCAGCAGGCCGCUGGAAGCGCCCCGCCCUCCGUCAGCCGUCUCCUUCAGGAUGUGGGUUUUGCCCAAUAUCUGCAGUCGCCCGACUCGGCCACACGCAGUCCCAAAAGAGCAAAGCUUCGCAAGAAGCAGCUUUUCCCUCCGCAUGGAGUUGUUCCCCUGCCCGAAGAUGACGAGGAUGAGGAUGGUUACGGGUUUCUGCCCGAUGUCAAUGCACUGAUCGAAGACGCCUACGCCGGCAACAGCCCGGACCGACCGGGCAUCCUCCGAGCUCGCGUGCCCCCGACUUACCGAGCUUCCGAUCCCUCCGAGGGUGCAGAUGCUGCGGGCGGCACCUUGCCCCAUGAGGGCAUGGUGCCGGAUGAUGACGACAUGUGCCCUUGUGAUUUGCUACGGUGCUUUACACUUAUCGGCGCUCAUCCCACUCUCCAACGCCAGCAUCAAGCGGCUCUUGGUCGCAGUCUGGAGACGGCCCUACGCAAUCGUCCAUUCCUACGCUGGGCGCUCUACGAGUUUUUCUAUCCACCCUUGGACGCAUCCCUCUUGAAGAAGGAGCAUAGCUUUGAAGACGUCCUUGGCCAGCAUUUUCCCAACCUUCUGAAGCAAAUGCGACAUUUUGAAUGGUUUGCCGUGAAGCGCCAACUGGGCCGCCCUCGCCGUUUCAGUGCCCACUUUGUGCAACAACAACGGCAAGAUAUGAGCCAGUCCAAGUCUACCCUUCUUGAGAGUAUGCACGAUAAUCCACAGAUGCCUUCCUUAUUCUGUGUCGGAGAUCAAGUGAUUGCACGGCACCCGCUGAGCAAGGGCAUUCUCUCGCCUGGCGUUGUGGUGGCUGUCACGGCAGCUCAGAACCUCUAUCGUGUCUCCUUCACUCGUCCUCAGCUACAUGACAUCACCGUCGGGCCUGAAGACAUUAUGGCUGCCUGGUCCCGAAAACCAUUCUCACCUGCAUAUUGCCGCUUUGCCCUACUUGUUCAUCGUCAUGCGCUUGAUUGGCCCCAUGGUUGCCAAACCUUCGUCUUUGGCGGUUCCACUCAGCCCGUGACAAGACAUCACGCCGACGAUGUGUUUGAGGAGACAGCAUCCGUGGACGACGAGACCAGCCUAGCCCACGGCGGCGAUCUGGCCGAACCCGUUGCACGUGGCAGUCCCUUGCGCAAGCUUGUCGUCAGCCGCACCAUGGACAUGUCUGCUUCCGCGACGGACGUCAUUGUGGUUGGCGAGAGUGUCAGUCAGAGCCUUUUGCAGCAAGCCAUCCUCUUCCCGGCCCAGCCACUCACCUCUGAUCCUCAAGCAAUCAGCUUUCAUCUGAGCAGCUGUAGCAUGGUGGCAGCAGAUCUGGCCACAACGCUGUUGGCGGGUCAACCAGCAUUGGUGGCGCAGGACUACGUCUAUCGGCAGUUGUAUCCUCGCCAUGCAAGCAUACCAAUGUCCUCGCAGCUCACGGUCGACUUGUUGACGCUGAGCUUGAGCAUCAAGUAUGCGCAGGCACUCGAUUACAUGUGUGGUCGCGUCACCAGUCAUGUGCAUGAGAAGCAAGUCUUGUUGGCUCAGCGUCCGAAACCGGAGGCUCUGAUUGCCUUGAACGACAAGAUUAGUUGGGGCAUGGGCAUCAUCGACCAGCUCGAGACGCUGUUGCAACAAUUGGUACCAGCUUUGGCUUGGUUCAUGCGCACACAGUUAGGCGCGAAUGAAGCUCGACCGCCAGACGUUGCGGGUAUUGCACAGCAGGCGCAACGCGAAGUGCAACGGCUCAUGGCCACACUCAUGGCUAGCAUGCAAACGGAAGCCACUGAGUUUGGCGAUGUAUCCGUCCAAUGCGUGGCCGAGUUUGCUGUGUUUGGCAAUAAGACCGCCACCUUCUCCAAAGUGCUCUAUGCCUUGCUCGAGAUACGGCUUGUUUUCUAUGUUCCCCCUCUCCACUGA